AAAUGUUGAUAAGGGACUCUUCCUCCCUUCACUCGACGCAUAUGCUCUCCACCUCUUGUCAGCCGACAUACAAACAUACAGAUUCUUGGUAAUACUUUCUCCUUCUCUUCAUCAGCCAUUUCUUUCCUCCUUUCCGUUCAUGCGUUCCAAUUACGAGGUACUUAAUGAUGUGGUGGAGAAGAUGCGAAAACCUCAAUCAUACCAGACAUGCUGCUUUUCCCGGAAACCCGCACCUCCUGCAAACGAAUACCUCGUAUGGCAACCCGGCUCCCGUAAUUCCGUCUCGCCAUGGGACUCGACAUGGGAUGCCAACAUGAGCCAUGACACCACUUUGAGUUCGACCAACCGGCUUCCUGGCGGUGCGCUGUGGUGAGCGUGACAAGAUACAAGUAAUACUUCAGAAGAAGCUCUUCCUCUGAACCUCCUCCGCACCCAACCCUCAUCGCACCCGAAAGCAAACUCGCCGUCCACCG